CUGAUGGACCGGGGCGGCCUCUCGGAUCGAGCCAAAGGUUACAUCUAUGGAAAUGACAUUCUGAUGGGCCUCGCAUUUGCCGUGGUUGCGACUCGAUUCUACUGUCGGAUGCGUCUGGGGUCUAAGCGAGGUCUUUGGUGGGACGACUUGUUCAUACUACUCGCGUUCAUGUUUGCAGUGGGAUUCGGUGCAGUUGUGAACGUAGCAAUGGGACAUUAUGAAUGGGAUCGUCACAUCUGGACCAUCCCGCUAGAUGUGCUAAGAAACUCCGGCAAAGCAUAUACCGCCGCAAAAAUAUUGUUCAUCGUGAGCAGUACAUGCGUGCGCACAGCCCUAUUGCUCUUCUAUCUCUGGCUCAUCAAGGAUGUCCCCGAGAAGGGCCUCAGGCGAAUCAUCUAUCUUGUGAUGGGUCUGAACGCUACCCUUUGCCUUGUCAGCAUCUUGAUCUCAAUCUUCCGAUGCUCGCCUAUCAGUGCAGCUUGGAACAUCCUCGAGCAAAAUGCAACAUGUCUGAACGAGGGAGUCGACAUUACUACUGUGGGAGCAUUACUAACGGUAAUGGAUUUCGUCGUCAACAUUCUACCCCUUCCCAUCGUUGCUCGCCUGAACGUCGCGUUUCAACAAAGGCUCGCGGCAACAGUGCUGCUUUCUCUAGGAACCAUUGCAACCGCCGCUGGCAUUGUCAGAGAGGUAUACGUUUACCGAGCCUUUGUGGGUUCAAAUGACCCGACUUGGGGAGCACUGCCUCUGUGGAUAUGUGCAGAUGUCGAGAUUUAUGUCGGCCUAGUAAGUCUUGAUCAG